AUGCAUUUGUCAAUGGAUACACUCGGAAUAGUGGACGACAGUUGCCUGGACAACUAUGAUAUGGCAAAAGGUGCUGGGUCAAGCACUGGAGGCAGGGUCCACAGCAUCGAUGUCAUACUGGGAUUCACUAAAGACCAGGACCCUUUACUCCAUUCAGUAGGAGAUGAUGAGGGCCAAAAAGCCAAUGAAGAAAACCAACAGCACCCUGACAAGCAGGACCCCUCAGAUCCCUAUGGGCAUCUUUCAGAGCUGGGUGACAGCUCCCAGCAUUCUUCCUACCAUGAAUCGGACCUUUUCUCCAGUGACAAGUGUGAUGGGGAAAUGAGCAACAUGCAAAAGGAAGACAUUGCUGAGGGGUCUCCUGACAUGGCUAAAGAGGAAGAGCAUGCUAAAAAGAAACACAGACGGAACCGUACCACCUUCACCACCUAUCAACUUCAUGAGCUGGAGCGAGCCUUUGAGAAAUCUCACUACCCAGACGUCUACAGCCGUGAAGAGUUGGCAAUGAAGGUCAACUUGCCUGAGGUUCGGGUUCAGGUGUGGUUUCAGAAUCGGAGGGCAAAGUGGAGACGUCAAGAGAAGAUGGACACUAGCACCAUGAAGCUGCACGAUUCCCCUAUGCUAUCUUUCAAUCGUCCACCGAUGCCUCCCAAUGUGGGGCCAGUGGCCAACCCAAUGCCCCUAGAUCCUUGGCUCACCUCGCCCAUUUCCAGUGCCACACCCAUGCAUACUAUCCCAGGGUUCAUGGGCUCACCUCAGGGCCUGCAGCCGGCCUAUCCGAGCCACAGCUUUCUCAACACCCCACCUGGUAUGGUCCAAAGUAUGCAGCCCAUGGGUCCACCUCCCUACCAGUGCCCACCCAGCUUCAACGACAAAUACCCAAUGGAGGAUGACAGGAGUUCCAGCAUUGCAGCACUCAGGAUGAAGGCCAAAGAGCACAUUCAGUCUAUGGAUAAAACCUGGCAACACAUGUGA